AUGUUAGUGCUGCGAACAGCGGCAGCCGCUGUUGCUGUCGCACUCGCCACAUUUACCGCCGCCUCGUCGACGACGCGCGACCCAUUACGGAGAAUAAACAUUGCGAAGAAUGCCGACAUCCUGACCCAGAAUCACCGCGUGACGGCUGUGUCGACGUUCGAUGUUGCCUUUGAUGUUGCUGGGCAGCGCAUCCGGCUCAGCCUCGAGCCAAACCACGACCUCUUUGUAGACGGAGGCCGGAUAUCAUAUCUCGCUGCGGACGGCAGCAUAGCGCGGCAGGACCCCAUUGACCGCCUGCAACACAAAGUCUUCAAGGGCACCGCGUCCGUGAAGAGGGGGAACCGCUGGGACAGUGUGGGAUGGGCGCGGAUAGGGAUACGGCGCGAUGGACUGCAGCCGCUGUUCGAGGGCCACUUCACCAUAUCGCACGACCACCACCACAUCAAGCUGUCGUCGCACUACAAGGCAAUGCGUCUGCCCGAGGACCCCGACGUCGACAUGCGCGACGACGAGUUCAUGGUUGUCUUCAGGGACUCCGACAUGGGCGUGUGGGAUGAGCACUCGGAGCUGAGGAAGCGCGAGGCUGGCCCGAAUGCUUCGAUGCGCGCCCGCGAUGAGGGCAGCUUCUUCUCGACACCCGUCUCCAACAUCUUUGGCAAGCGACAGCUCGACGGCCAGCCCGGAGGCAAUGGUGCCGGUGUCAACCUAGUGUCGAGCAUUGGCAGCACGGCUGGAUGCCCGAGCACCCGCAAGGUGGCACUCGUUGGAGUAGCAGCCGACUGCACCUACGUCCAGUCGUUCAGCAGGGACAAGAACCAGACGCAAACGAACAUCAUCAACCAGAUUAAUCAGGCAUCUGAACUUUUCGAAAGCACCUUCAACAUUUCUCUCGGCCUAGCCAACUUGGUUGUCACCGAGCCCGACUGCCCGACCACGCCACCGGAGGCCACACCAUGGAACCAGGCUUGCAGUAGCAGCGUCACCAUCCAGGACCGUCUCAACCAGUUCUCACAAUGGAGAGGCACGCAGCGUGACCAAUACUCCCACUGGACCCUUCUCAGCACAUGCAACACCGGUUCUGCUGUUGGCCUGGCAUGGCUCGGUCAGGCUUGUACCGAUGGCUCUCAGAGGAACGGAGGUGGCGGAGAGACUGUUGCUGGCGCCAACGUCGUCAUCCGCACCUCGACUGAGUGGCAAGUCAUCGCACACGAGACUGGGCACACUUAUGGCGCUGUGCACGAUUGCACGCAGGAUCAAUGUUCAAACCAGAACCUGGUCAGCUCGCAGCAAUGCUGCCCCCUCAGCGCCCAGACUUGCCCCGCUGGCGAGGGUUUCAUCAUGAACCCCUCGACUGCGCGGGGCAUCACGCGCUUUUCUGCAUGUUCCGUCGGAAACGUCUGCUCAGCAUUGGGACGCAACAGUGUCAAGUCAGGCUGCCUCACAAAUAACAGGGGCGUCACCAGUGUCACUGGUCAGACAUGUGGAAACGGUAUCGUCGAGGGCGACGAGCAGUGCGAUUGCGGUGGAUCAGCUGGAUGUGGCAACAACCAGUGCUGUGACCCUCAGACUUGCAGAUUCAAGAGCAACGCCGUCUGCGACGAUUCCAACGAGGACUGCUGCCGCGGCUGCCAAUUCGCAUCCGCCAACACAGUCUGCCGCCCCAGCGCUGGCGGUUGCGAUCCACAAGAGACUUGCAAUGGAACGAGCCCUUACUGUCCCGAGGACAAGACCAAGCCAAAUGGAGAGAGCUGUGGUGACGGAUUGCAGUGCGCUAGUGGCCAGUGUACAUCCCGUGACCAGCAGUGCAAGACUGUCAUGGGCAGUUAUACCCAAGGCAACGACACAUACGCUUGCGACAACAGCAAUUGUAUGCUCAGCUGCGGCAGCCCGGAGUUCGGCCGUGGUACAUGUUACGGUCUUCAGCAGAACUUCUUGGACGGUACUCCUUGCAGUGGCGGAGGUACCUGCCAGAACGGUCAAUGUGCCAACGGCUCCGUCGGCAAAGAAAUCAAAUCCUGGAUCGACCGCCACCUACCCCUCGUCAUCGGCCUCUCCGCCGGUAUCGGCGGCACCAUCCUCCUCUGCAUCCUCUGCUGCUGCUUCAGCUCCUACCGCCGCCGCUCCAAGCAAAGGAAGUACGCGAAGAAGUUCGCCGCCUCAGCUGCCGCCGCACCACCUCCGCCUCCUCGUCAAAGAAGCCAUCGCCAUAGAGGUCCUCCCGGGCCUAGGCCUGACGGUGCGCCGCCCAUGGCUCAGACAGGGCCGAGUCCAUCACAAGGCCAAUGGGGCCCUAAUCCUAAUCAUGGUCCACCGCCAAUGCAGAGUCCGCCGCCGCUGUAUCACAGCAAUUCCCUGCGGUAUGCAUAG